CCUUGCCAAAUCAAGCACCUCUACCAAAGUUACCAAGAGCUGAGGCCUCAGUUCGAACGCAAACGGAAUGCCCUCACCAACGUCUUCCAAUCGGUGCUGAAAACAAGCAAACCCACACCCACUCCGUCCGUUCAAUCGGGUUCCUCCUCGUCCAGUUCGGGAUCUUCAUCAGGGUGCACCAAAAAAAGAUGAUCAUCGCAACAAACCCGCUUCCGAUCGAAUCAACUCAAAAUCAACGCCUCCGAAUAGAAGCAUCGCCAAACCGAACCGGAAACCACAGAACCAAACGGAGGACUUUUAAUUAAUUAAAGAAGCGAUAACCAACCCAACCAAUCAACAAACACACGAAUCUGUGAUAUUCUAAGGCUACCACACCCACCCGAAGAUUACCAAAUGGGUUAGGAAGAUAAGUGCAACACCACCGUCCUAUUCAGAGAGAAAAGAAUAAGUCAAAAUUUACCGCAAACCGAGUGCCUUCCCGUUUCCGGAGUUUUACCACGGAACAACCGAAAUCUGCAUGUGUUCAUAGUUUAGUACGUUAAACCAUUCGGGAUCUCUAUUUUAUGGCAUCGAAUAAACUCGCCGCGUGAGAAGUGCUAUAAUUCUACAAAACGCAAACUGUUAUAUAUAGCGUUACUUAUCCUGAACUCGCACCUCAACGGACAAAUUUUAUAGCAAGCGAAAUAAAUCUGUUGUCGAACGGAUUGGAACAGUGAUUUCCAAACACCGCAUCGUAAACCACCACCCAGGAACAAAAAAAGCCAAAAAGCCGUACGCUGGCGUUGGCAAGCUUACGAGGUGGCUCGGCCAUCGUGGCGAUGCCAUUUAUCGAUGAGGACCUGCUAUGGUGUCCGGACAACGAUGCGCGGAUGGCUGACCUGCAGGCUUGCCUUCAGGAAGCCAACGGUCCCAACCAACCGUCGUCGGAUGGCGGCAGCAGUGCCAGUGCCAAUGGCUGUGAUUUGAAUAACCUGGAGGAAACGCUGUGUAACGAUUCGGAUGAUCUGUUGCGACAGCUGACGGAGAACACCUUUGAGUUGGAACAGUUCUUCCAGGAUUUUCCCGUAACUGAGAUUAAAGUCGUAAGGAGUCGUUGUUUUGAUUUGGGUUGACUGUUGGUUAGAAGAGGGGUGUUCCAAAAAGCAGAGAAAUGUUCAAAAGUCAUGAUUAAGCCGAAGAUUUGAGAGACGUAACCUAGGGUGGUUCAUAAAAUCGGUUUUUUGGCUCUCAAAACCAAUUUUCAACAAUCUAUACGCAUACGCAAAGGGUAACAUGCGGUAGCAUGGGCCACCUAAAGUUUGGCGCUCAUUCUCUUCUUUCUGUUCGUCUUUCUGGCUCUAUAUUUCCGUUGAAAUUUGGGCUGCAACGCUUCAACAUAUUGUUCUUUCAGCACUUCCACAGUUAAUUAUAUAUAGAAAUACUUUCUUUGCCAGCCGAUUUCAAAUCUUCAUACGCUCAUUAAGUAGUUUCUUCUGUGAUUUUCGAAGAAUUUGCCAUUGAAAUGCCUCCAGGAGCUCCUUUGAAAAAUACGUCAGUCCCUGGAGCUCCUCCUAGGGUUCUUCAGAAGUUACUGUGCUUCGAUAUUUCCAUGAGAAGUUCCACCAGGAAUAAACUACGUAGACUUCACCAGAGGGGAGGGAGGUUCUGGCAAAAGUCUACGGUCCAUACAAACUUUUAAAAUUAUAUAUGAACAAAAGUCUACGAGGGGGGAAAGGGGUCACUGAGAUGUCCGAAGAUGAGUCUUCGUUGAGGUCUGACCAGUUUAUGGACAGCGCCUAUCUGUAAGAUAACCCCAAUAGAUUGUUUCUGGGAUUCCUCCACAAUAUUUCUAGUUUCUCUAUGUAAUUUCGUACGAACUCGCUUAGUUAUUUCUGAGAAUGCUAUGAGCAUAGAAACUUAAUAAAAAGAUAUUGAUUUCUAGGAUUUCUACAGAAGUUUCAUCUAGAAAUCAACCAGACAUUUCUCUUCAAACUCGUGCUGGAGUUUCUACGGCGAUUCCUUCAGAAGUUUCGCCAAGAAGUUGAAAUCCUGAAAAAAAAUCAAUCUUUAUUUUACCACCCACUACGAGAUUCUCUUAAGAACAAACGUCUUGAAAUCCCGCUUCAACAGUGCAUCAGAACUUCAGACGCACAAAUCUCAAGAAGCAAGCUUCAAACAACAGUGAAUUUUAUUAUUCUGUUCUUGCUCACUUGUAAUAAGCUUAAAAUAAGAAGCUCAGGUGCGCUGGUUUUGUUUACGAAGAGAUUUGUGCUUUCAAAAUCGUGAGUAGGUGGCAAAGUCGGCCAUUUUGGGAUUCCCACAAGUCUGUCCUUAAAAUUACCCCAGGAGUUCCUUCUAAAAUUCACCCAAAUCCACCCACUUCAGAAAUUCUUCCUGCAGGAGAUUUCUCCAGAAGUUCCUAGGGUAAUUCUAACAAUUUUUUUUUCUGACAUUCCAGAAAUUCUUCGUGAGAUUCUUCUAUGAGUUCCUUCUGGGGUUUCCUUAGAAGCUCUUCCUGGGACUCUUCCUAUAGUUUUUCUGACAUUCCCUUGGGAGUUCUUAAAA